AUGUUUUGGGGCCUGACUGACCUUCUCUUAGGGAAAAUUCUCCCCCUGUUCCAUCCAAUCACUAGGCACCCAGUUACUGUCCAGUCGAAACCUGUUCAGCAGAAACAAUGCAUCCAUCAUUACAACGCCAAAAGCAAAGCCGUUACAACCAUCAAAGCGGACACAACCGUGGAAAGAAACAACUCCGCGAGGCCUGCGCCCCCGUCUGAGAGGAACUCAGUAGAUCAAGAUGCGGACAAAGGUACCAUGAACCACGAAGACGGAGACAAUGUUAACCACAAACACGAGGCCCCAGUUAUUGAGGAAGAUAUUGUUGCCGAUCAGGGCACCAUUGUUGAUGCAGACAUUAUCACCGACACCUCGACGCACCGCACCCCUUUUGGCAAGCGCGCCUCUCGCGGCCCGCCCAGGAUACAAACGCUCAGUUCCUCCAAAUACGGCCUUCUUUCCAUAAACGAGAAUGAUUUGUAUUUCGUCUUUCACCACGUGAGGUUCCCGUGCAAACAGGGAAAAUACCGAGUUGUAUUCCACGUGAUAGUGAACGAAUACCGGGAUGACCAAGAUAACAGGUUCCCGCCCGUGCAUCUGUGGCCGCAAGGAGAGUACCCAGGUGAGAAGAUAGCGAGGUCGUAUCAGGGCUAUAAAGCGGGCGCGUUGGAGGUUGUGUACAACGUGGAAGUGAUAUGUUUUCAGCAAUGGACAAGGUGGCUUACUGCUAGUUACUGGCUCCCGAUCCAUUACGAAUACUUUAAAGGGCUUUUCAGUACUGCAGUCCCUUAUACCCCGAAGCGAUGGAGCAAAGAGAGGGAACGGCUGGCGUCGCUCCGGAGGUGUUGUCACGUCCACAUGCUUCAAGCCCAAAUCGAAGCCCAAGGACCAGUCGACAAUAUUCAGAACCCUAUUCUAGCGCAAAAUCCAUUUGAAGAGGAAAUGCGUGCCCUCGAUGCACAUGUUCAAGCUCAGGCAAGGAAGGCAUUUCUCAACAAGCACUUGCCACGCAUUUAG